UAAAAAAUGUUUUUUUUCGUCUCUUAUAAAUAUAAGCUAUGGGAAAUUUGUGCAUGAGAUUUACAUCUAAAACAUCACAACAAAAUGUCGUUCUCUUGCUAUUGGGAUUGGAUAAUGCAGGCAAAACUGUUAUUGCUAAUCGUUUGAGAAAAGAAGAUUUCACUAAUGUAUUACCGACAAUUGGUUUCUCUAUGCAGAACCUAAAUUGUGAUAAACAUAAUGUUUUUCUUUACGAACUAGGUGGAAGUGAACAAAUCCGAAACAUUUGGCCCAAAUACUAUUUAGAUGCCCACGGACUCAUAUUUGUUGUUGAUUCUAGUGAUUUGCAACGUCUUGCUGAAUGUCAACACAUAUUAAAUGAAGUCGUUUGCCAUAAACAAAUUAAUGGAAAACCUAUACUUAUUUUUGCAAAUAAGCAAGAUUGUGAAGGUGCCUUAGAUGAAAUAGAUAUUGUAGAAAAGUUGGGGAUUGAAGAUAUGGUCAAUAAAUACCAGUGUCCAACAUUGGUACAACCUUGCAGUGCUGUGCGUUUACCAGAUCCCAAUGAAAAUAUUGAAAGUGGGUACAAUUGGUUGUUGACUUAUAUACAUAGAAAUUAUACAAGAAUUAAUAACAGAGUUAUCGCUGAUACAAAAUCUCAGCAGGAACAAGAUAUAAAAGUGAAGAAACCUAGUAAAACAAAACAGCAAAAAAUUAUGAAUGGAUGUUUUGGAGACAGUUGGGUUUCUAAAAAUAUUGAAGAAUGUCCUUCGACACCUAAAAGAACUUUUCUUUUAAAUGCUCUUGCUAACCCAAUAUCCAAAAAUAAUGCAAGAAGAGGAUCAUGUAUACCAAAUGAAAGUAGAUUUGCAAAAGCAGAUUCAAUAAAGAUAGCUCAUUCAAAUAGAAGAAUAAAAAGUGCUAUGGGAUAUGAACAGUUGAGCCCCAUGAACAUUGACCACUUCAAAGACGCUUCGGAGGCAUCGUACACCGACCAAAUACGAGGCGGCUUAGACGGGAACGGGCCGGUGUGCCUAAGUGGUCCGAGGUCGAGGGCCAAACUCCACUCGACCCGCGACCCCGGACAUCGGCAACAGCCCUGCAGGAUAGGAAUCAGAUGUAGGAAUUUACAAGGCAAUAGGGAAAAGGAUAAUUGUGUCCACAUUUCUUUCGAUACAGAUCCGGCGCCCUAA